AUGAUUGCCUUCGUUGCCUUGCUAUGUUUUGCUGCAGUGCUGCAACAAUCUUCUGGAACUGUUGAUUUUGCUUCUGAGUCAGCUAACAAAAGAGAAACACAAAAGGAGAUUCUUGACAAGCACAAUGCUUUACGGAGAUCAGUGAGACCAACUGCUAGAAACAUGCUACAAAUGGAAUGGAAUUUUAAUGCUGCUCAAAAUGCAAAACGUUGGGCAGACAGAUGUUCUUUUGAUCACAGUCCACGACAUUUAAGAACUGUGGGAAAAUUAAAAUGUGGUGAAAAUCUAUUUAUGUCGAGUCAUCCUUUCCCAUGGACUAGAGUCAUUCAAUCUUGGUAUGAUGAAAACAAAAAUUUCAAGCAUGGCGUUGGAGCAAACCCACCAAAUGCUGUUAUUGGCCAUUAUACUCAGAUAGUUUGGUACAGAAGUUACCUUCUUGGUUGUGCUGCUGCCAGAUGUCAUUCAUCCUCAUACAACUACUACUAUGUUUGUCACUAUUGCCCAGCAGGAAACAUCAUAGGUAAAAUUGCUACUCCAUAUAAAUCCGGCCCACCUUGUGAGGACUGUCCUUCGGCUUGUGUCAACGGACUAUGCACAAAUCCUUGCAAACAUAUCGAUCGGUACACAAACUGCGAUAGUUUGGUGCAACAAAUUGGCUGCCAGAAUAAUAAUAUGAAGUCAGAUUGCCCUGCUUCUUGCUUCUGCCACAAUGAAAUAAAAUAGCAGAUCUCUCAUUCAAUGUUUGUUAUCUCUGCCUGAAAAAUCUAAAUUCCUAUUAAAAUCAUGGCAUCUUUUAGUAUCAGGAAAUUCUUACUUUACAUUUGAUUUCAUAUACUUUGCAUGAAUGUCCUAUGAAUGUCUAAGAGAAAUGUGAGCAGGAGUAGAGGCUAGGGAUGAAAACUGUAAGUUCAAAGGAUCACAGGAAAAACCACAGGCCUAUGUAGCAUCAAAAAAGGGCCACAAUGCAAGGUUGAUUAAAAAAAAAAAAAUACUGAAGGCCUGAAAAUAACAUCACCAAAA